CACACGACACACAUCCCUCACUCCUUCACGAAUCACGGCUCCACCUUCCUUUUGUUUCUCUCCACCACAAAUUUUCUCUCUCCUUAAACUUCUCCGUCAACAAUGGCGACGGUGCUCGGAACCCUAGUUUUACCAGUAGACCUAACAUUGCCGGCAAAGAUAGUCUCCGAUCACCGGAAGAAGCUCCGUCUACUACCGUACGAUGUCGUGUUGAGCUUAGGUUUGCCGAGGAGAGAUAAAGAGUUUCAGCUAUGGGGGGAGAAUUUGUCACUCGGAAGGUUGAGCUUCUCGAGGAAGUCGAACGCCGUAGAAUAUUCUAGCGGCGAUGAAAACGGAAAUGGAAACGGUGAAGAAGAAGGAGGAGGUGAUGAUGAACCGGUGUUUGAUUGGGAGACGGAGAUGAGGAAACGAGUGAAGGAAAUUGAGGAGAUGAGAGAGUUGGAGAAGAAGGCGGAGGAGUUGCAAGGGAGGAUUGACGAUGAAGGAAGUGAUGGCAGUGGUGUUGAUGAGACAGAAGAGGAGAAGAAGAUGAGAGUUCGGAAAGAGCUCGAAAAGGUGGCAAAGGAGCAAGCUGAAAGGAGAGCAACGGCUCAAUUGAUGUUUGAACUGGGUCAGAAGGCUUAUGGUAGGGGCAUGUAUAAACGAUCUAUUGAAUUUUUUGAAGCUGCACUGACAAUCAUUCCCAGACCUACGCUUUUUGGUGGCGAGAUACAAAUAUGGCUUGCUAUGGCAUAUGAGGCGAACAGCCGUCAUGCUGAUUGCAUUGCUCUGUAUAAGAAAUUAGAAAAAGGCCAUCCCAGUGUCAGCAUCCGCCGACAAGCUGCAGAACUUCGUUACAUCUUGGAGGCACCAAAAAUAAAGAUAACACAGGAAGAGAUGGUAACGAUUCCAUUAAUUGGUAAUAGCUAUGACAGCUAUGCAUCGUCGUGGACUGAUAAAAGCAAGGACAGUGAACAAGUCAUUGGUUCUUCUACAACGAAUGCAUUUCCAUCAUCCAGAGACUAUGCCGGGGACCUACUCAAGUGGAAACCUCCUGUUGGCUUGGAGAACAAUCGUAUUUUUUGGGCUGCAGUAACAUUAUCGUUCGGUUUAGUUGGAGCUGCACUCUUUCUUCAGAGAUGAUGAACCAUACAUCUUUACUUAUCUCUCUAUAUAUAUGUAGAAUCUUUCCAAUUCUUGAUUACAACAAAGUUAUACUGCUUCAAAUAUGUAAAUAUAUAUGUGCAGUGUUUAUAUGAAUUGUAUAAUGUUAGGUAUAGUCAGCUUUGUAUUCUUUAUGUAAUUUGGGUUAAUAUCAGAUCAUUCUUCUUAA